ACUCAGCAUGAGAGUGCAUCAACUUGACACACCCACACCUCUCGCUCUUGUUUUAAGCCAUUUCUGUUUCGUUCUCAUGUUAUCAUGAGCUGAACAAACAUCUGAACUCCGGGCCUGCACAGAAGAGGGCCAGAACAAGUGAGGAACCUAACAAAGAAUGGGCUCUAGCCAGAGCAGCGACAAGCUCCACUGUAACCGCUAUCUGAACGGACAGGGUCCUCCAUCACUUGUACAACAAGCUAAGGAAGAUGUGAAUGGGACGUACAGAGCAGGGCACGGCAGCCAGCCAGAGGGCCAGAUGACCUGGGUGAUCCUCCACAGAGACCUGCCAGGGUUCCCUAAUGACAACACCGUGCAGAUCAACUACAUAUUCCCAGAUGGAAUACAAACAAAGAAACAUCCUAACCCUGGCCAGCCUUAUGCAGGGAUCCGGCUCUGUGCUUACCUGCCGGACAGCCGUGAGGGAAGGAAGGUGAGGAAGCUAUUGGACAAGGCCUUCAACCAGCAGCUCCUAUUUACUGUUGCCACAAACCAAGAUGGAAAAGACAUGGUCACUACAACUUCAAUUCCGCUAAAAACACAACCAGACGCAGGGAGCAAAGUUGAUGGCUACCCGGACUCUGAAUAUCUAAAGACUGUGAGACAGAUACUGAAAGAUAAAGGCGUUGAAUAAUGGAUGACAAAUCAUGUAAUCUUGAGUUUUAUCUCAUCUUUUUGCGUCAAAUGUAUUUAUCAUUUAAUAUAUCCAUCGUAACCUUGGUGGUGUCAUCUGUGCAAUACAAUGUCCUUGUUCAAAUAUAUUGUUCUAAUGUUAUCAUUAAAAAUAAUAAACCUUAUUUUAUACAAUC